GUGACUAAUCAGAAGAUGAUCUUUGGAAGAGGAACCAGGUUAAACGUUGACUCCAACGACAAAUAUGCGCCGUCCUACUUUUACCUGGAAAACCAGCAGAGCAGAGCGUGUCUGGCCGCAGGUUUCAGCCCUCACAAAGCAACCCUCACGCACGAGCUCUUCAAAACAAACUCAACAAAAGCAUCCGAACCAGUGCAGAUCUCAGGCGACUCUCUGUUUAACCAGGUCGUGCUGGUCGGAGAGGAUCAAGGAGACACGUGUGACCCAAGUCGUAAUAAAACGUCUGUGUGUGCGGGAACUUUGGACAAAGACCCGACAGUGAACAGUGUGACGCUGAUAGUCUUGGCUCUCAGACUUCUCUUCUUUAAGACCGUGGUGUUCAACGUCCUGAUGACGCUGCGUCUGUGGAUGAGUUUAUAAAAAUCCAGAUGAAUCAUCGACGCUCCGCUUCAUUUGCUUCACGUUUAAUAACCUGAUGAAAAUCUUGUCCAUUCAUAAACUGCAGUGUUUGUUGUAAAUGUCACAGUUAUAUGAUGUGAAACUGCUACUUUAUCAUAGUUGUAAAAUCUACAAUAAAAAUAAAUAUACAAUACAAACUGAA